GGUUGUAAACAUUAACAGCUGUUUCGUCAUUCCAUCUUUCCCUGCCACGUCCAUUCCCUUUCUCAUUAAGAAAAAUCCAUCAUAUUACCCCAAUUAUGACUGGGAAAUGUUAAGAAAUGCUUCUCUCUAGAUCGCGGGACUUACGGGAGGGAAAAAAAGGAGGUAAAUACAUUUAAUUUCGCGAAGUGUUCAGCUUUAUCGACGUGAAAGGGAGGAGGGUUUUGAAUGUCACUCGCCUCAUUUACGUCUGCUUUUUUUUAAUUACCCGGAAGUAAAUUACUGUGUGUCGGUGCAUCGUCGUCGCCAGCAUGAGUUCUGCGAAGCCUGAAAUAAGUCCUGGCAAGAUGCAGGUCAAGGAAAAGGAGAGAGGGUUGGUGUGGGGUCUCCUCGAGUCAGCAGGAGACACCAAUGAGGGUGUACGGCAGACAGUUGCAGGAUCCCUCAUAACACUGGGCCACAAGCAUCCUGGCUUUGUGUUAUCAUCAAUCCAUAAGUUUAUUUCAAGUCCACAGACUGCACCGAAAGUGCAGGUACAGUCCAUAUUAUACAAUACAGCAGAGAACAUAGUGCGUGAAUGUGGCGAAAAGAUUGACGACAAGGAAUUAAUAGACACAUGGACAGAUGCAGCGGUUAAACUUUUAACAUUGCCUUCUGUGGCACCAGAUCUGCAAGAAGCUGCAUCAGGCUUGAUGGUUGCUUUGGGUAGUAAUCCCAAGCAUUGUUCAGCUGUGAUGGAGACUUUAGUAGGUCAAAUUCAGGCUGGCACUCUCCCAUCACAAAGCAUUGCAGAGACUCUGGGUGCACUGGCUGCUGUUAAUGUCAAAGGAACUGUCCCUUUCAUUAAAGUCUUGUUGGGUUUAAUUGUGCAGUGUCUUCCAUCAGUAAAGCAGGACAACUUGAAGGUGGCUUUAGCAAUGAUGCUGAGCAAGUUCUGUGAGACGAUUCAGGAGGCAAUAGCAAAUAAGGAACCUGAUCCUGACAUAAGUGUGGAAGCCUAUAUGACAGAGAGUGCUGCAAUAUUUGAAGCAUUGGUUAGCCUUUGGUUAAAGAGCUCCAAUUCUCUAGUUCGCCAAGAGACUAUUGUUUGUUUGGGGCACAUGAGCCAUCUCCUCCCUAAGGAAAAACUAGAGGAACUUGCAGGGUUAGUGGUAACAACCAUUCUCUCUCUGUAUCGGAAGGCUUCAUCCCCAUAUAGUCUCACCUUCUCCCUGGCUCUAAUCACUGAUGCAAUGCUAAAGAAUAACCUCACAGAAGGCAUGAAGUUCCAUGUUGACCAUUUACUAGGCUGUGUGUUCAACCAGGUGUGUGUUAUUCCUAAUUAUUCAGAGCCAUUCACUGUAAAGAACCAUUAUGAAGUUCUAAGAUGUUAUGAACUUCUGGCAAAACAUUUUCCAGAAAAUGUCAUGACACAUUUGCUGCAAAGGUUAGAGAAUGCAAGUCACAUGCAGAGGGUAGGUGCCUUGAUAGUAUCAAAGCACCUUAUAAAUAGUAAGACCCUGACUGAUGCUCAUAUAUCUAACAUGAUAUCAGCAUUGAAUCCUCUCCUAAGUGAUCCAAACAGUAAAGUGGUAAAGAGUUUUACACAGGUUAUUGUUGCUCUCUGUCAUAAUUGCCACUUGGAUGCACAGAGUGGUGCUCCCUUCAUUACAUACCUAGUGAAACACUCAGCUGGGGUAUCGACACCUCAGACACGAAGACCUUCUCUUGCUGAACCAGAUGGAGAAUCGGUGUCUGAGGUAAGUCGUAGGGUUCUCCAUCUUUUGGCUACUACCGUGGAUGGGGCCAGGCCAUUAUUGUGGCCUCAUUUGCUGAACUUUGUAUGUACUCCUGAGUAUGAGACAAGUUUAGCAACUACUCUAGGUUGUCUGGCUCAUCUUGCCAACAACAGUAAACCAGAAGAAGGUAAGGGGCCAUUGCUUACAGGCCCACCAGGUCCUCCAACGGCUCAUGUUUUGCUGGCACGCCUUUUAGUGCUGAGCUGCAUUCCUGGAGAUGGAACCAUAGGCACUGCAGCUCUCACACUUCUUCAAGGUUUAGCACCUCAUGUCAACCCUCAAGUGGUGGAACCCUGGAGCCAGCACCUCCCACAACUGCUGGCAACAUUGCAAGAUUUUACAUCUAAAGGGGAUGCUGAACCAUCAGCAAUUCAGAUGUGGCAUGAUUCUCUCAGGGAUUUCCUUGCAUCCACAAUCAUCAACAUCAACAGUGAAGAAUUUACUAUUAGUAUUGGAGUGGCUCAGAUGGACCAACUUCACUUAUAUGAUAAACAGCAGGCACAACUCUGUUUCUUGAUGUCGCUGAUUGGAGUCACGUUAAAGCACAUGUCCAACAAAACCUUUGUGGCCACAACCCUGGACUCUUUGUUCAAUGCUACUAGUCAUAAAUCUGCUGUUGAGCGAGAGAGCCUGGCCUUGUCCGUAGGUACUGCAGCUGCUACUCACACAGACCUUGUUUUAACUCACAUAGACAUGUGGCUCAAGACAGCAGAUCCUGCCAAAAAAUCCCUGUCAUUCUUUAAUUUGAUCAAGCAAGAUACACGAGUAGAAGAAUCCUCCUGGAUGCGAGCCAGUAUAGUGCUGUGCCUCGGACAGAUUUCCACUUUGGCUCCAGCAAGUGUAAUUGGAAGCCGUGUUGAUGGCCCAAUCAUGCUUCAUCUUCUUAAUAUCAUUAAUAGUAACAAGAGUGAAAUGGUGAAUGAAGCAGUUCUACAUGCCAUUAGCAAUAUUGCCCGGGCCCUUACUCGCCUCCCAGACUUUAAGCUUCGUCAACGGCCUUUGCUUAUUACACAUCUAGUCAAUACAUCUAGGAGCGAAGGUCUUCCACAUCCUGUGCUUGCUAGUGUCCUGCAGGCCCUGAGAGAUCUUGCUGCUCUCGAGCCACAGCUGAAUGUAGAAGAGAGAACGAUUAUUCUGCAAGCAGGACUGAAUGCUACAUUGCCACGUUUCUCUCAAGCGGAGAAUGUUGACCCAUACCUUACUAAAUGCAAUGCCCAACUUAGUGUUCUCAUCAGAACUAUUAUUCAGAAGGACACAAAUCCUGCCACCUUAGAUGAUGUGACAACACUUCUGCAGUCAUGGACAGUUGCACCUGCUGAGCUAAUAAGGAUUAAAUCUGUUGAACUGCUUCACACAGCACUUCGUACUUAUUAUGACCAUUUAACCUUUACAAUUGAGGGACCAACAAACUUCAACCAGACCUGUCAACUUCUGGCUUUCCUUACACCUCGCCUGAGUGACCCAAGUUCCCAAGUGCGAACACAAGCAGUGGGGAGUGUCUACAUGGUGUUACGCAUAGCAGGACGUUACAAUGGCCAAACUCCUGAUCACGCUGAUGAUGACCUCGAACUUCUAAAGGCUGCUGAAGAACAGAUAUCAGUUGAUGACCCACAGAGGAUAGACAAUCUUGUCAGAGAUGUUGGCACGGUCAUUAGCAACAAGUUAACAUUUGUGCAGCUGAGGUCAUUCUUAUCAUGUGUAGUUGUGGGUCUGCAGGACAGACUAGGAGAGUCCUCAUCCGGAGUUGCACUUGUAAUAACCACUAUAUUUACUCUCCGUGGACAUCAGCUUCACCAACACAUAAAGGAGAUCCUAGAUUCAAUAUAUACUCGCCUUGAGAAGGUUAGUCACAAGGAGACUCGAAAAAGAUCUGUGGAAGCACUGACUCGACUCUCUGCCCACAACCUGAAUCUAGUCUUGGAUACCAUGCUCAAUUAUCCUCUUCCAUAUGAAAGUGGCGUGUCAGGUACAUGGCGUAAUUUAGGUCAUGAUUCAAAGCUUUGUGAGUUGGCUUUAGAGCAUCUGAAGCAGAUAAUGGAGCGCACCCAGCUGUUUACUGAGCAGCCUACAGCUUCUGAUUCUACUGUCAGGAUUGCUACUCUUCCCCCUCUCUCAAAUUGUUCUGCGGUGUCUUAGGUCACUAAUAGACGUCAUCAACUGCAAAUCUCUGAGUGUUGUUCUAGCAAACAAGAUCAGAGAUGAAGAAGAAGAUACCACUGAGAUAUUCCUGCAUAGCAUUUCUGAAAUCACAGCGAUGCUGGUUCAUGAAGCACCUAAGCACGUUGAGAAGCUUGUCACCCACCUAGACUCUCACCAUGCCUAUGAGAUGCAGAGAGUUACUGUUGCAGCCGUCUUUGCUCAGUUGAUUGCUGAAAAGUGUGGCGGAAACUACGAACUUCUGGAAAGUAUUACCGAUGGUCUGCUGUCGAGGUUGAAUGAUCGAUCAGUACACGUCCGCCGUCUGGCUGUGCGAGGACUUGCCAACUUUGCACAUCUUCAGCAAAAUCAAACAUAUUUCCCUCAGUGGUUUGGGGUUUCAGAGAAGCUUACCGAAAUUAUUACUGCUCUUGUGGGUGCCACUGAUCAACGUGAAGGAGGAGGCACUGACAACAGUAAUGUGGAAACUCAGGUUGCCUUGGAAGCGUUGAGGGGUCUUGCUGCUCUCCUUCCCCGUCUGCCACAAGAAACUGUCCUCCAGCACACGCCCACACUCCUCAUCAGGAUCAGGCUUUUCUCUGAGAAGUCAUCUGGUGAGGUCCGUGAAGCAGGACUGGGAGUUCUACGGGGCCUAGCUUCAUCUGUAGGAAGUACAGAAGAGUUCCGAGAACAGUUGCAUCUUCACCUGCUGGCUUCUCUGGUUCACUUGGCUGAUCCUUACCCUCCAACUGUUGUGAUGUGCAAGAGUGCUCUGCAAGCGCUGGGUCCACAUCUGGGCUCUGAAGCAAUGAACUCGAUGUUUCAGAAUCAUUUGAUACCGAGUGGGGUACUGAACUAUCAUCAGUUCAUCACAGACCUGACGAAACAUAUGGUAACAGAUUUAAAGGAUCAUCUCGGGUUCUUUAUCCAAGCUACAUCCGCUUACUUUAAAAGUCCUGAACCUUCGUUACGGAGAGCUGCUGCUUUAUUGAUUGGCAACCUUGUUUACCACUGUGAAAGCUGUGAGGAUCUGAACAUAUCAACGGUUAGCCAUGGGUUAUCCUUUCUCCUGCGAGACCAGGACCCAUCUGUACGCACUGCUGCAGCCAUUGCCAUACCUCUACUUUUUAGGCACAUCGACCUUAUGUAAACAUUCUGACUAUGCAACGCAUAAGAUUAUUCAGACUGUGUCUUCAACUACCAUGCAUAUUUUACUUUGUGUAUUGUUUAGACAAAAGAAUCUAUUUCUUUAGGCAAGAGAAUGAUUAUGCUUUAUUAGAAAAAAAAGGGUACUAUGUGUACAGAAUCAAGCUAAAGUUUCACUUUUACAAGUAUCAAUAGAUUAAAUUACAUUAGGUACUUUUCAGAACUUCCUUUAAAAAAGAAAGAAAAUACGAUAAUAGCAAAUUAUACAGGCAAUAGUCAAAUCAGCUUUUGGAUCCUCCACCCACCAGCACUAGCUUGCUACAAAAAUAGAGCAUGCCAUAGGCUUUCUUUGUUAGCACAACUUACUUGGAAGCAUUAUACUCAAUUUAUGGAUCUUUACUCACUAUUGUCAUUUCUACAAGGAUCACUAUUUAGAUUAAAAACUUUGCAGAAUAUGUCACACAAAACUAUAGCAACAGUGAGUCAAUGAUUCCCUUUCAUGGUUUCCUGAUCUCAAAUCUUAAUGCUUUUGUCAGUUUGAUAGAAGUCGGAUAUUUAACGUUUGGUGUCAUUCAGCAUAAAAAGC